CGCUUGAUUGUAAAAUAAUAAAUGUACUUAAAAAAUAAAUGAAUACCAUGUUUAUUUUGUAUAAAAUAAAUAAAAAAUCAUGCAUGUAUUCAUGUAAAAGAUUAGCGACAUCUACGACAAAUAUUUUGGUUAAAGAAAAUUUACCUGCCACUGCAUACAGACCAGAAAUUGUUGAAAAAAACAAAUAUGAUAAAUGGGAAAAUGCAGGAUUGUUCGAAGCCGAAAAUUGUAGUAACAAAAAUAAUUUUAGUAUAAUAUUACCGCCGCCUAACGUAACAGGGAAAUUGCAUUUAGGUCAUGCAUUAGCAUGCACGAUACAAGACGUAAUAGUUAGAAGAAAAAGAUCAUUAGGCUACAAUGUCUUAUGGCUCCCUGGAACAGAUCAUGCAGGAAUCGCUACACAGAGCAUUGUUGAAAAAUACUUAAAAAGUAAAGAAAACAUAAAUCGCUACGACAUUGGACGUGAAAAAUUUAUAGAAGAGGUAUGGAAAUGGCGGGAGAAACAUGGAGAUAGUAUUACAGAACAGCUUCGAACCUUGGGCUGUUCACUUGACUGGUCCCGACAAGUUUUUACAAUGGAUCCUAAACACACCAAGGCAGUGAACACAGCAUUCAUUCAAUUAUUCCAUAAAAAUCUUAUUUAUAGAAAAAAAGCACUAGUUAAUUGGUGCAAUGCAUUAAAAUCUACUGUGUCAGAUAUUGAAGUGGAAAAUGUACCAAUAAAUGAACCUAGUGAUUUGAGUCUGCCAAAUUAUAUAAAGCCUGUUAGGUUUGGAUUGAUAUAUGAUUUUGCGUAUAAAGUUUAUGACAGCACUGAGGAAAUAAUUGUGUCUACAACAAUGCCAGAGACGAUGCUGGGAGAUGUAGCAGUAGCUGUACAUCCAGAAGACAAAAGAUACCAACAUUUGGAAGGUAAAAGGGUUAUACAUCCAUUCAGAACGAAUGAAACAAUACCAAUUAUAUUCGAUAAAUUCGUUGAUCGGGAAUUUGGUACAGGGGCUGUCAAAAUCACACCCGCACAUAGUAAAGUAGAUUAUGAAGUUGCUAAACAACACAAUUUGCCUUUACUCCAAGUUAUAAAUGUGGAAGGAUUGAUAGAAAACACGGAAAUAUUUCAAGGACUCAAACGCUAUGACUGUAGGUCCAUAUUAGUCCACAAAUUAAAUGAGUUAGGUCUCAUGAAGGAGAUCAAACCACACAUAAUGACAUUACCGAUAUGCAGUCGAUCAGGAAACGUAAUUGAUCAUUUACCUAAAGAACAAUGGUUCUUAUCUUGCACCGAAUUGAAUAAAAAGGCCAGAGAGUGUGUUGAAAAUCGUAAAUUGAAAAUAAUACCCGAAAAUUUCAUUCAAAAUUGGUUUAAUUGGACCGAUGAUGGUAGAGAUUGGUGCAUUUCGCGACAGCUAUGGUGGGGACAUCAAAUACCAGCUUACAUGUGCAGUGUUGAUGAACAGCUGACUUGGGUAGCUGCUACCGAUGAAAGCUCUGCCAAACAGCAGGCUUCUAAACAUUUUAAUACUUUACCUGAUUUGAUUAAAGUAGAAAGAGAUACAGAUGUCUUAGACACCUGGUUCUCAUCGGGAAUUUAUCCUUUCGCAGCUUUAGGCUGGCCUGAUCAUGAUUUUAGUAGAGACUAUACGGAAUUCUACCCUUUAAGUCUGUUAGCUACGGGUCACGACAUCCUUGGGUUUUGGGUGCACAGAAUGGUGAUAUUAGGCCUUGAAUUAACAGGCAAAGUUCCGUUCGAAAAAGUUCUGUUGCACGGUAUUGUUUGCGACAACAAAGGCGCUAAAAUGUCUAAAAGCCGCGGAAACGUCAUAGACCCCAUUGACGUAAUCGAGGGGAUAAGCCUUGACGACCUCAAAAAGAAAAGCGAAGAGAUGCACAAAAGUGGUAUUCUCAAUAAGGAUGAACUUAAAAAAGCAUAUUCGUAUCACAAAGCUAAUUUUUCAGCUACCAAUGGCAUUCCAGAAUGCGGGGUAGACGCAUUAAGGUUCACUUUACUAUCGCAAGACAUAAAAUCGCAUUUCGUCAAUUUCGAUGUCAGCUAUUGUCACUCGAACAAAUUAUUUUGUAAUAAGAUAUGGCAAAGUAUCAAAUACACUCAGUUGUCGUACGCUAAAUUGAAAGUGAUAGAUUCUGAAAUAACAAAACAGGAUUUGACUUUUUUUGAUAGAUGGAUUCUGAGUAGAUUGGCCAAUAUGGUCCAAAAAGUCAACGAUACAAUGGAUUCAUAUGAUUUUCAAGUGGCGACAAAAGCUAUCAGAACAUUGAUUUACAAUGAGUUUUGCGAUAUUUAUUUGGAGGCGUCGAAACCGGGAUUCGAGAAUGAUAAUGUUAGAAUCGGCUACGCUCACGCGCACACGUUGUCCGCAGUCUUGAACACGUCUCUGAGGUGUUUAUACCCCUUCAUGGUUUACAUAACACAAGAGUUAAUACCAACGAUACCGGAUUUCGAAAGGAAUGUAAUAAUAAAUUUCAAAGACGCAUCCGAAAAAUUUCUAUCAUUUCCAAAAACUGAAGAUUACGUGGAAUGGAAAAACGAAAUUAUUGAAGAGCAAGCCGAAAAGAUAUUGAACGCGGUUAACUUAAUACGCGAAUUGAAAGGUCUAUACAGUAUUACGAAUAAAGUUCGACCUAUAAUUAAUGUGAGAACGGAUAAUGAAAAUCUAAUAGAAGCUAUGAAAGAUAAUGUUGAUAUUAUAACACAUCUGACACGCGCGAAAGGUUUAACAUUCAAUGGUAAAGAUGACAAAACUUACGUCAAAGGAAUCCUGGAUUUGAAUACAGAAAUAUACGUGGAAUUAGUGGGGGACGAUAUAGAGAAUGCUAUAACAAAUGCGAAAAAUAAAUUGGAGAAACGAAUAAAGAAAUUAGAAGACUCUUUGAAUAAUAUGGAAGAAAAAUAUUCGAAUAGUAAUUAUUUAACGACAAUACCGGAAUGGACGCAAGUCCGCGAUCACGAAAAAUUGAUGGCCAAAAGGAAAGAACUCAAGGAAUUACAGAGGCUGAUCUAGAAUAUCUUUAAAUAUAAAGUUAAACAAAUAUAGUUAUCAGUUCAAUUU